UUGCCGUUCAUAUUUCUCAUAUUCCUCAAGUUCCUCAAGUUCCUCAUCUUUUAUUUAUAUUAACAAACUGGAAAGUCAUGCGCCAAGAACAGAAUCGACUCUUCAAUAUCUGAUGUUCGCCAUUCCCUCGAACAGAUAAACGAAACCGCCACGAUGCAAUCCUCAUCCAACACAACCUCGGCUGCCACUACGCCAUCGCUCAAGGAACUUAUCGAAUCAGGAGGAUCCGAAGAACGACUAUUCGACAGAACGCAUAGCUUACCCCUGUCUCCGCAUAUUAUGAUUCAGCAAGAUGCGGAUGGGUUCAGUCGACCGUCCUUUGCCCCUCACUUGUCUGCACCGCCCGACGUAUCUCAUUUCAAAAGCCCCAUGAGGCAUCACAAAAGGACGCCGUCUCAGCAUCGCGAAGUGAAGGAAACCCUCAACGCCAAGACCGAGUAUACGAACGAUGAGACAGAUGGCAGGUCGCAACAGACCAUCAACCAAUACACCAUUCGAGAGGAGAUUGGAAGAGGUUCCUACGGCGCCGUACAUCUUGCUACCGACCAAUUCGGAACCGAAUAUGCUCUUAAGGAAUUCUCAAAAUUGCGCCUCCGAAAACGAGCCCAGUCGAAUAUCUUGAGAAGACCCGAAGGUGGGAGGCCGCGAUCACUUGGUCCGGGACAGGGUCUUCACAGCGCCCACAGAAAACAACUCAGCCAUCAUGAAAUUGCCGAAGCAAAAGAUGCCCUCUUUCUAAUACGAGAGGAGGUUGCCAUCAUGAAAAAGCUCAAUCACCCUAACUUGGUACAGUUAUUCGAAGUAUUAGAUGACCCUGAAAACGACUCCUUAUACAUGGUCCUGGAAAUGUGUAAGAAGGGCGUUGUUAUGAAAGUCGGGUUAGACGAGCAAGCAACUCCCUACGACGACGAACAAUGUCGUUUAUGGUUUCGCGAUCUCAUCUUGGGCAUAGAAUACCUACACGCUCAAGGUAUUAUACAUCGUGAUAUCAAGCCCGACAACCUCCUACUAACAGAAGACGAUAUACUCAAGAUUGUCGACUUUGGAGUGUCCGAGAUGUUCGAGAAACCAGAUCACAUGAUGACCAGCAAAUCUGCAGGCUCUCCUGCUUUCUUACCACCCGAACUUUGCCAGGCCAGGCAUGGUGAUGUACCGGGCAAACCAGCUGACAUAUGGUCCAUGGGGGUUACUUUGUACUGUCUCAAAUAUGGUGGACUACCUUUUAAGCGGGACAAUGUGCUGGACAUGUAUGAUGCGAUCCGUACCGAGGAAAUUCGAAUACCCUCCGAUAACGAAGAUCCAAACUUCGUAGACCUCAUCACCAGGAUUCUAGAUAAGAACAACGAGACAAGACUGACUUUACGAGAAAUAAGAAAUCAUCCUUGGGUUACAAAAGAAGGCUCUGAUCCUUUGCUCUCCGAAGAAGAAAACUGUUCAGAUAUGGUAGGGCCGCCGAAUGCCCUGGAAGUUAACCACGCAUUCACGCGAAAGAUGGACCACCUGAUGUGUGUGUUGAAAGCAAUUCACCGGUUUAAGGGUCUCGUUUCUAAAAGUCGAGUUGCGACGCCCGAUAUUAAAGUAGCUCAAAUAUCUCACGCGCCGGAAAUCGUACGAGAGGCUAUUCCGGAAGAUACAGAAACAACCACAUCGUCGAUUGCAGAAGUCUCGGCCAUCGCGCAAUCGACACAUCAAAGAUCGAUCGCGGAAGAGGCUGCGGAGCUUAUCAAGCAGCGCAGAGAUUUCCUUGAAGCUCAAAAGCACGCAUUGACUCACCCACUGGCAUCGCCCGGGGCAGAAGAGAAGGGCCAUGCUCACGACAUAACGGAUAGGGCACCGCUUUUCUUAGGUAUCGGCAUGGGAGGACACGACGGAUUCACUGCCUCUGAGACUGAGGCUGACAUCGUGUCUGACUCGCCUACCGGUAUCGAUUUUGAUAUCUAUGACCGUGCUUUCGAGACGGAAAUCAAACGUAUCCGUUCCGAUAAGAAGAAAGGCCGGGCUAGGACCUAUUUCACGAAAUUUGUAGGGCCUCAAGAGAGGGGCAAGUAUACCGGCGACGAUUAUAUGGUAUUGGAGGCUGCGAAGUCACCAACCUCCAGUUCGCCAGCUUCAGGAGGGGGGUUAAAUUUUAUAGACAGAACGAUGGAGCGCGUGGACCGGGAGGGGCAUGAAGUUCAGGAUGGUGCCAGGAAGGCAUUCGAUGCCGCCAAAGAGACAGGACAUAGGUUCGCGAACCUAGUCAUGGCCGCGACCAAGGACCUAAAGGAAAGAAAUACGAACUAGAAGUAACGCUUCGUGAGCAUUUUGAAGUCUCUGGGCGGGGCGGGCAGCGUAAAGAGGAGGCAAAAAGGGGGUUUGAUGUUUCGUAUUCAAGCCGUCACGAUAUGACGCGUCACUCGCUCGCUCGCGAGUAGUUCCCCUCUAGGUUGUUAAAGCUAUCCGUCCAGGUAAUAGCAAAAGCAAAGGGCGAUAGAAGCGCCGUUGCGUAUAUGUAAUCAAGCAGAGCGGGCGUUUCGGGCCAGGAUGGAAAGGCAGGAAAAAGUGGAUUUGGGACGGGCGGAUACGAUUGUCGGUUCUCACCACACUAUCAAAUAUAACAAUUCCCUUAUUGCGCUGGUUCGCGGGAUUACAUGUGAUAGGAGAAUAUAGGAGAAUAUAGGAGAAUAUAGGAGAUAGGUUAGAGUAGCUUCCAUUGCCCAUCCACGCACCCGUUAAAAUUCCCCUACUCGUAAGAUAUAACACCUACCUACCUACACAAACUGAUCUUCGCUUCUCCCUCCUAAAACUCGGAUAC